AUGGGGAUCCUCAAAGGGGUACCUAAAGACGUGCCAGCUGAGGACCUAGUAAAAAUCAUACGCCACCAAAAUACAGAGAUAGCGGAGAUUGCGAACGACAGCAUCGACAUCAACAAUUUAUCGCUCAGAUUCAAGCAUAACAAUAGGAAUGAGAACUUCUAUAACGCAGUUUUCCUAGUAGGUCCAAAAAUUUACAGAAAGAUAAAGGAGAUGGGCCGCGUAUGCAUGCCAUGCAUCGACCAUCAGCGGAUCCACCUGGAAAAUUUUUCGUGA